UUCAGGCUCAAAGAUCUGUGUGAAUAAGGUCUGAUAAAGAGUUAGGCAAUAGGAUCGUCAGAGAGUAAGCCCCUCCUUUGGAGGGCCAGUGUUUGUCUGGUUAGCAGUACAUGCAGUCGUCGUUUUCUCUGGGAAGUAAACUGGUGUUAAUUUGGCGCCUGUAAUUAACAAGCAUGUCAAAAACUUCAGGAGAGCACUCACUUUUGGUUCUGGAGAACUACAUCGGAGGAAAGUUCGUCUCUUGUCGGAGUUACAUCGACUCCUAUGACCCAUCAACUGGCGAGGUCUACUGCAAAGUGCCGGACAGUGGCAAGGAGGAGGUGGAUGCAGCAGUGGCAGCAGCUGAAGAAGCGUUCCCAGAAUGGUCUGCACGCAGCCCAGAGCAGCGAGCGAAGAUCCUCCACAAACUGGCUGACCUUAUUGAGGCCAACCUUGAGGAGUUUGCACAAGCUGAGUCCAAAGACCAAGGUAAAACGAUAACAGCUGCACGGACUGUGGAUAUUCCCCGGGCAGCAUACAACUUCCGCUUCUUUUCGACAUCCAUGCUUCACCACACCACCGACUGCAGCCCAAUGGACCACAUGGGCUGCCUAAACUACACUGUCCGCUGCCCCGUGGGAGUGGCCGGUUUGAUCAGUCCCUGGAAUCUGCCCCUGUACCUUCUGACCUGGAAAAUUGCACCUGCAAUCGCUGCAGGCAACACAGUGGUGGCCAAACCCAGCGAGAUGACCUCUGUGACCGCCUGGAUGCUCUGCAAGUUGAUCCAGCAAGCAGGUGUUCCUCCCGGUGUCGUCAACAUCGUAUUUGGCAGUGGUCCAAGAGCUGGUGACGCGCUCGUUAGUCACCCUGAGGUCCCUUUAAUCUCCUUCACUGGGUCCACAGCCACUGCCCAGCGCAUUACCGAGCGGAGCGCCCCCUACUGUAAGAAGCUCUCAUUGGAGCUGGGAGGCAAGAACCCAGCCAUUAUUUUUGCUGAUGCAGACUUAGAUCAGUGCAUCGAGACCACCGUCCGAUCCAGCUUUCUCAAUCAGGGAGAAAUCUGCCUGUGUACCAGCAGGAUUUAUGUAGAGAGGAGUAUUUACUCGGAGUUCCUGGAAAGGUUUGUGGCUGCGGCUAAAAAGUGGAAGACUGGUGUCCCCUCUGACCCCAGCAGCAAAAAUGGAGCGCUCAUCAGCAAAGAGCACCUGGAGAAGGUUCGUAGCUAUAUAGCCCUGGCCAAAUCAGAAGGCGGCAUAAUUCACUGCGGUGAGGGGCUCGACCAGCUGGACCUCCCGGAGCGCAACAAGUCUGGAUACUUCAUGCCGACGACGGUCAUCACAGGCAUAUCUGACAGCUCCCGUGUCAUGCAGGAGGAGAUCUUUGGCCCCGUCACCUGCAUCAGCCCCUUUGAUACUGAGGAUGAAGCUGUUGCCAGGGGCAAUGGCGUACGUUACGGUCUGUCAGCCACAGUGUGGUCCAAGGAUGUGGGGAAGGUUCACAGGGUGGCCCAGCGGCUGCAAGCAGGUCUGGUGUGGACCAACUGCUGGCUGGUGAGAGAUCUGAACCUCCCAUUUGGAGGAAUGAAGAACUCUGGUGUGGGAAGGGAGGGAGGAAAAGAUUCCUAUCACUUCUUCACAGAGGUGAAGAGUAUCACUAUCAAGCACUGAGAGAGGAAAGUAAAAGUAGAACUUGUAGUGCAAGAAGUACAUGGAUAUGUAUCCUGUUUUCCUUCUCUCACCCCAACCGGUCGCAGCAGAUGGCCGACCCUCCCUGAGCCUGGUUCUGCCGGAGGUUUCUUCCUGUUAAAAGGGAGUUUUUCCUUCCCACUGUCACCAAAGUGCU